AUGCGACCCGAAUUCGAGCCCCCAAGCAGUGGACUGACCGACGCCAGCGGAGACCUGUCAAUAUGCGAGCGAGCUCGCGAAGAGCUUCAGAACACCGUGCUCGUCAUAAAGACUGGCGCUACGGAGUCUCGGCGCAAAGUACCGGUCCACUCCCAAACGACACUGCGAUGCUGGCCGAAUGUCCUUUUCCUAUCGGACUUCGACGAGAGCAUUGGCGGACACCAAGUCCACGACGCACUCGACCAUGUGAGCGAGCAGAUCCGUCUCGAACAUCCGUCUUUCGAGCUGUGGCGCCGUCUGCAUGCGCACGGAAGAAGUGCCAUUGAGAUAUCGGACUCGGAGACUGGCGACAACGUCUAUUGGGAAUCUGGGACGACAGAUAUGCAAGCGGGCUGGCACUUGGCUCGUUUUAUGAAUCUGGCCAUGUCCGUGAAAGCGCUUGAAUUUCAUCCGGAUGCAAGAUGGUUCGUCUUCAUCGAUGCCGACACAUACAUUUCGUGGUCCGGUUUCCUCGGUCUCGCUCGCACUCUCGAUCACACGAAGCCCUUGUACGUAGGCUAUCCAGCCGCUAUGGGUCCCAAUAUGUUCUUCGGCCACGGCGGAUCUGGCUACGCGCUCUCGCAAGCUGCGCUUACACAAGUGGUUGAAAGCUACCAGGCUCAGCAAUCGCGUUGGGAUACAGAUGCCGUAGAAAACGAAUUCGGGGAAGUCCCGUUCGCAAAGUUGCUGCUCUCCAUUGGUAUCGACCUCAGCUGGGCAUUGCCGCACUUCCAACGCGGGGAUCCAGCCUCGAUGGACUUCAGUAUGAUGGAGCAUGGACGAAGAGCGUGGUGUUACCCAGCCGUCACUUAUCACCACGUCGGGCCCGACGAUAUUCGUCGUCUACAUCGCUUCGAGGGGGCUUGGAAUAGGACAUCAGAUGGACGACAUUUCCGACACAGCGACGUAUACCGAUCGAUGGGUCUGCCCAUUGCCAUGAAAGGCGACGCUGAUGGUUGGGAUAACUUAUCGGAACAUGUUGUUGAGGGUGUCGAUGAUUACGCCUCAUGUCGUGAAGCAUGUCGUGAAAGGCAAACUUGUGUACAGUACUCGUUCAACUUGGGCCAAUGUAGGACCAGCUCGGCGCUCAAGCGUGGCCGCGCUACAGAAGGGGCUGCUUCGGGGUGGGUGGUAGAUCGUGUGCACAGGAUGAUGGAGUCUCUAGACACACGAUGUCAUGGAAAAUUUCUCAUUUAA